AUGACCGCCUUGAAAGACGACAGGUUCAUGUUCCAGUUUGCUGCAGUUCUGAGACGUGUACGUUUCACGCCGGCGCUCUAUCGCUUGCCGAGGUCUGUGUCGAUGCAGGCUCUGGGUAUACAAAAUGCUGACAUGAACGAGCUUUUCCAUGUUGGAGACAAGUUCUCGCAGCCCCCAUGUCAAGCCGGUUUCCAAGCUGCUUCUGGCAUCUGCACCCCUUGCCAGCAUGGUGAGUAUGCAGCAGCUGGUGAGUCCAGAUGUGAGGAAUGUCCGAAGGGCUGGGCUCCCACCUCCGAUCGCAGCAGCUGCCGAGAGUGUGAAUUUGGCACGUAUUCCAACAACUUUGACGAACUGGAAUGCCGCGCUGCAUGCACGUACGACGAUGACUGCGAGCAUUGGCCCUGGCCAGUUAUCAUUAUCAGCAUUGUGUCCCUCUUCAUUGCGUUGCGUGUCGGAGUGGGUUGGUGGCGCAGUCGCCGUGCAGCGAAGCUUUAUGCGGAGAUCCAGCGGACCAAGGUCCGGAUGUAUGAUGACCUCUGGACGGAACUGCCUGGCACAGUUGCCGAGUUUUCAAUCCUCCUGGAGAAGCUCGGCGUUGACAAGGCCGAGGUGGCGAAGGAGGUGGCAGCAAUGCGAGGGCGUCAGAGCAAAUGUGCGGGAGUCAGCAUGAGAUACCUCCUCUCCGAGGACUUCACAAGUUUGGCGUUGCAGCGUACCGGCAUGAGAGACCCGACGUUCCAUGACAUGAAGACCGGCUUUUGGCUGGGCGAAGAUCCGAUUGGGAAGCAGGUGCAGUGCCCACGGGACGGCAGGAUGGGUUGUGCACUUGUGGACUGGAUACCUAAGAAUGAGAGACAUCCGCAAACGCACUUCCUGUCUUGGGUUUGGGGAUACCACCUUUCACAAGUGCAAAGCGCGCUGCGGAUGUACCGCCACAGUGCACCCACAGCUCCUGCAGAGAAGAUCUUCUUUUUCAUGUGCUUCUUUGUGAACAAUCAGUACAGAAUUAUCGUGGAAGAAUCUGCUUCGGGCAGUGAACACCUCGAGACGAUUUUUGAGGAAAACCUCAAACGAAGUGGGCAGAUGGUUGCAAUCUUAGACACAUGGCACAAACCAAUGUAUUUGAACAGAAUAUGGACUGUCUAUGAGCAGUUCGUGGCCUCUGAUCAGAAUAUACCUGUUACAAUCGUGAUGCCCGAGUCCGCAAUGAUAUCUAUUCAGAGAGAGAUUGCUUUGGGCGAAAAGGGCAUUCAGGAGAUCACAAUGUCAUUGAGCCGAGUCGACUCGGAGCAUGCGGGUGCUUGGAAGAAGGCAGAUGAGACAAAGGUUAAGGGCAUCAUUAGGAAGACAGUGGGCUUCCGGCACGUCAACAGGCACGUGACGGAG